AAUCUAACCAUAUUUACUAUUUACUGUUUUGAUUUUGAUUAAAAAACGAAAUUCUAAACAAACAAUGCAAAGAAAGUCCGUGUCGCCAUCUAAAUUUCGACCGCUACAAAUUUCUCAAAGCCCCGUGGCGACGUCGCCUGGUAAAAAUUUAACGGGACCUGCUCGAGUAGCUAGAGACAUAACAGCAGAUUUGUUCAAUACGGUUCAAGUUUGGAACGAUAAUCACAUUAAGGGGGCUCAAAUAGUAAGAGAUAUAGCUCUGCUGAAGGGGGAUAAUUUGGAUGAGUAUUCCAAAGGACUCGAAGACUGCACGAACAACUUACAUGAUUUAGUGCAGAAACUCAAUUCCUGCGUAGAAUUAUUCAGUAAAUACCGAAAUCAGAUAGCAGCUUUAAAGAAAGUUGAAAGAAGAAACGAUCCAUUAUUUAUAUCUUUGAGUAUUUCUGAUAUUGAACGUUUAAUUAUUGUCAUCGUUGAAGGUUAUUUAGAAGAGUUUAAGGUAAAUAUUCAAUGUAGUUUGGUCUAUUAUUAUAAUAUUUAUUUGUAGGUGAAACAACUUGUACUUGAAAGCAUUGCACACGCCAGUAAUAAGGACGAACUUAUAUUUUUUGCUUCGUGUUGGAUUCAUCAACCUCAUAUAACUAAUCAAGUGACACUAAAACUGGAAACUUUAUUAAUAGAAACUGGUCAUCGAAAAAUUAGCUAA